CGGAACGCCUUCGACAGGCAGUUCGGGACGGUUAUGUAGAGCUGCUGAGAGAGGCCACGCGAAGGGAGUGCAAUGCCGCCGAUGAGGACGGCAUGACGGCGGUCCACUGGGCCGCCUACUCGGGCAGCCUCGAUGCGCUGCGCAUCAUCGUUGGCCGAGGAGGUGACCCCGGUCGGUGUGACCUGUUCGGCAAUACCGCCCUUCACUGGGCGGCGGCGAAUGGCCACCUGAAGGCGGCCUCCUUUCUCGUCUCCUUUGGAGUGAAUCUCUGGGCCCUCGAUAAUCAACUUCACAGUGCGAAGGAGGUGGCCGCGCUGAACGGCCGCGAGGAGGUGGUGCAGUACCUGGACGCGGUCACCGCCCAGCAGUGUACUCUGACCAGCAAAGCGAAGGUGGCCAAGGCACAGGAGCGGGCAUUGGCGGAGGCGGAGAAACGUAUCCGAGCCUAUCAGAAGCUGGGCCUUCGCCAGUACUACGACGUCUUUGAGGCGGAGGCGAUUGACAUUGAGGCGCUGAUGCUGCUCACCGAGGCGGACUUUGUCUCGCUGGGCAUUCCCCUCGGGCCACGACGGAAGCUGCUCAAUGCCAUUCGCCAGCGGAGACGACUGCUGGGCGGCGAGGAUUCAGCUGUGACAGCAAAUUCUUCAUCGGGAACGG